AUGGAAUGUCCCCGUGUUAUAGAGUUAGUGAACGAAAAGAUAAAUGCAUUGGGACCAUGUGAUUGGAAAAAGCUAUGCGACAAAGUUAAGACAAUCGAAGAAGCUUAUGUCAAAAGCGACCAUGUCAUCGAUAAAAUGACGGAAGAGGUUAUAAUACGGGUUGGAGAUUCUGACAGCAGUGAUUCUGAAUUGGAUUCCUCAACUGACGUAGAAGAUGAAAUCGCAACUCCUGGCCCAAGUUCUGGUAUACCACUAGGAAAUUAUAUAGAAGGUGUCAUGCCAAUGAGUGAAAGUGAUUGA